UUUUUUUUUUUUUGUGGGUGAGUGAGGCGGUGCUAGUACUUUUCCUACUUUGACAACAUGAGAGAACCCACCCUCCUUUUUGGCAUUUUAGCUUUUCUUUUUGCAUACGGCACAAGUCGGCAAGAUCUCUUCCUGCUCUUCCAUCACUUCUCAAGGUGAAGACAAAGCAGCAAGAGAUGGCAGACCCAUGGGAGAGAGCGUACGAUUUUGCCGUCAAAGUGGCACGGAGAGCCGGUGAGGAAAUUCGGAAAGCCUGCGAGAGUGAAAUCAAGGUGAUGAUCAAGAGCUCUGCCGUGGACCUGGUGACCAAGACAGAUGAGAGGGUGGAGAAGAUCAUCAUCAGCAUGCUCAAAGAAGAGUUUGGACCAGACACUUACAACUUCAUCGGCGAGGAGUCGGUGGCAAACGGCAAGCCGUGCAUCUUGACCGACAAACCCACGUGGAUCAUCGACCCGGUGGACGGGACCACCAACUUUGUCCAUGGGUUCCCAUUUGUGGCAGUGUCGAUCGCCUUUGCGGUCAAAAAGCAGUUGGAGUUUGGCGUGGUGUACAGCUGCUUGGAGGACAAGAUGUACAAAGCCAGGAAAGGCAAAGGCGCUUUCUGUGACGACGACCGCCUCCAGGUGUCAGAUGUGAAAGACAUCAACAAGUCCCUCAUCAUCUCAGAGCACGGCACCGACAGGAGCCCCGAAAAGGUCACCAAGAUCUUCUCCACCAUGCAAAGGAUCCUGCGCAUCCCCGUGCACGGUUUGCGCGGCUCGGGAACGGCUGCCACCAACAUGUGCCUGGUGGCGUGCGGGGCGGUGGAGGCCUUCUUUGAGAUCGGGAUCCACUGCUGGGACAUCGCGGCGGGGGCGGUGAUCGUGACAGAAGCCGGCGGAAUGCUGCUGGACGUGGACGGAGGGCCGUUUGAUUUGAUGUCCCGGAGGAUGGUAUCGGCAAACAACAACACUAUCGCUCAACGGAUCAUUAAGGAAAUCGAAAUAUUUCCCGUGGAGAGGGACGACGCCGAGCUCAGUAAGAAAUGAGAGGAUCCUCGCACACCUUGAUUUUCCACACACACGCACAUUCACACACACGCCCAAGACCGUCUGCCUUGUCUUCAAUUUGUUUUCCACAAUAAAACAACUAUGCAACAAA